AAUCUUGCUGGGCCAGCCUCUCUCCCCGCCCCCGACACACACCGAGCCGGUCUCCGGCCUCCCCUGCGGGCGGUGGAGCCGCGGCUGCGGAAGGAUGGCCGCUGGGUCCGGGGUCUUCUCCCAGGAGCAGUUCUGGCCGCCCUGCGCGGAGCUCCAGCAGCCUGCAGUUGCCGGGGCCGGCUGGGAGCUGCUGUUGGAGACCUUGGGCCUCAGCGUGUACCGGCUCCUGGACCAGCAGACUGGACUUUAUGAGUAUAAGGUCUUUGGCGUUCUGGAGGAUUGCCCACCGGCUGUACUGGCAGACGUCUAUAUGGACUUAGACUACAGAAAACAGUGGGACCAAUAUGUUAAAGAACUCUACGAAGAGGGAUGCAAUGGACAGGCAGUGGUCUACUGGCAAGUGAAGUACCCCUUCCCCCUCUCCGACAGAGACUAUGUCUACGUGCGGCAGCGACAAGAGCUGGACUUUGAAGGGCAGAAGGUGCAUGUCAUCCUGGCCCAGAGCACCUCUGUGCCUCAGUUUCCCGAGAAGUCGGGUGUGAUCCGGGUGAAGCAGUACAAGCAGAGGCUGGCAAUCCAGAGCGAUGGCAAGAGGGGGAGCAAAGUUUUCAUGUAUUACUUCGAUAACCCAGGUGGCCAAAUUCCGUCCUGGCUCGUUAACUGGGCUGCCAAGAAUGGAGUUCCUAACUUCUUAAAAGAUAUGGCAAAAGCUUGUCAGAACUAUCCCAAGAAAACCUAAGAGAUGGAGUUGGGAGCCUUGUGUCCAUGAAAUGAUGUCUCCAGAAGUGCCACAACUACUGACGCUCAGCCUGCCUGUCACUGUUCCAUCCUCAGAGGCCCGCACACCCUCCAGCACGUUGUCCCCAAGCGUGUUUGCCUGAUGCCUGGUUUCCAUUCCUAUUCUCCCCACCUCAGGAUGGGCUGUUGAAUUUGAGUCAGAUUAGGGAAACCUUUGCUUGUUUAUUUUUAAGAAGGGAAGUGCACACUAGGGAACACAGUCAUUCCAUUGUGCCACUGGAGGGGGAUGGUGGGUGGAGGACUGACAACACCACCUAAGACUGAAAGGUCUCAGCAUAUGAUCCAUUCCAUAUGUGAUUUCUUGCAACCCCAAAGGGGCUGCCAGAAGUUGCAUCUCCUUCAGAGUUGACUCUCUGCACCAAGACUAGAUGUCACAUGCGGAUGUCCGUUUGCCUUAUGCUUUGCUGACUUGAUCUGGCUGGAGGUGAUAAUCCGCUAGGUCUCUCCCCAAUCCCACUUGUGAAGGAUCGUGAGCUGUUUUGAUUUCAGACCAUUUUGAAAAGCAUUGCAGGCCUGACCAAGCACAUAGUGUGAUAACAAUUUUUUUCCCAUCACCCAUGUCUAAGUUUUUCUCUUUCCCACAUGCCACUGGGGAAGGGUUGUCCAUCCCUCCCUCGUCCUGCAUUUUACUGGAAACUGAGGCAUCAAGACAGUUAGCAGAAGCCAACCUGCUUUGCACACAGCACUGAGAUAAAAUGUCUAUAUGCAAUAAAUGAAUUUCCUUCUAGAACAUUUGGAGCUGUUGAAGGGAUAAAAGUUCACAGCCAGGGAAAGAUUAAUUAGUGGUGUGAUAUUCCUACACCUUUUUCUCAGGAAUUCUACCUAAGUUAUCUGCCUCUUCCACCACCAGAAGUCUCCUAGUUUCCUCUUUUUCUCCUGAAUUUUGGAGGAAAAAUUAUUCUGUGACUAAAGGCACAGCUUUAUGAUCUCAGGGAAAAAUUUUACCCACUGUGUGUGAUGGUACUGAACCUUGAUUAAUAGGCACAGAAAUUCUGGAUGUAAAGCUGGAAGCAGGGGAUUUAUUAAAUGGGAUACCUCAAACUGUAUGUUUUCUCUCUGGAAAGGAAAGUGUAUUGAACACCAAGUAAAUACAGAGUGUCUUAACAUUUGUCUUGUCUGCAGUUUCCUUCCUAUCUUGUUUCUCCUGUGGGAAUGAAUCAGUUAGGUCUCUUCAGUUUGCAAGUAAGUCACGUCCAACCUAACUCAUGGACUUGAACAUAAAAAGGAAUUUUAGGCUCACUUAUAUGCAGGGCCAAGUGUAGAGAAUCCUUAGGUGGGGGUUGAUACAGGAGCUCAAACUGACGUUAGAUAUCAGCUCUGUUCUUCAAAUUGUCACUGAUGUUGGGCUGGUUUGGUGGCAGGAUUGCUGCUCACAGCAAAAGGUAGGCCUGCAUCUUCCCAGGCUCAUGCUGCUUCAGAAAAAGGCAGCAAUUACUUCCAGUCGAUCCCAGACCAUCCCAUGAUUUCCUCUAAACCAUGUGUUAAUCCCUUCCCUAGUCAUUGUGGUCAUAUGUCAAGAAUUAUGCAAACAAGAAAAGAUUUCAUAUUUAUCAUCAAGAUAUCACUAUUAGCAAUGUAGCUGGAAUUUAGUUUAGGGAAACUAAAUCUAAAUUUCCCAUGUAAAAGAGGCCAAGUUGACAUUUUAUGUGUAGAGUCAUUGAAACACAAGCACUAGGAUUUAAAUCGACAUGAAAUAGUGUCAUAAAAACCAUACAUUUAACAGUGUCCAGUAGUUUGCUGAGAAUGCUGAAAACACUAAGAAUACUGAGUUUAUAGGUGAGGCAGGUAAAAACAGUCACAAAGCUUGCUGUAAUCAAUAGAGUUAAGACCCUUUGGUAUUCGUGUUCGCUAAAUUGGAGAAUACAGUCUUACACAGCAUUGAUAUCCGAGAUUACCUGGGGGACUGAAAACCCCUGAGCUGAGAAUAAAUGCCAGAGGCCCCCCGCAAAAUGUGAAGGUUGUACUGGAUUCUUCAGGGUCUACCUCUCCACAGGGGCUGAAAGUAUCGUCUGGAAUUUGAAACUCAUAAAUAUGUUGUUAUUCCA